UCGAUACUUAUUGACGAUUCGGUUUAAAACUUGUUCUUGCACGUGAGCAUUGGCAUCUAUUAAUGAUUAUCUAAAUAACUGAAAAUAUCAAUAAAACUAUUUCAUAAUGGAUGUUUGCCGUGCUUGCAUGAGUAGUUCACAUACCUUAGUAGAUAUAUUUUGCGAUCGGCCAUUAGCUGAUUAUGAGUUCAGUCUGGCGGAGAUGCUCAACGAGCUGGUGGACUUUAAGGUAGAUCGUGAUGAUAAGCUGCCUCAGAGGAUUUGCGUAACUUGUGGCUUAAACGCCCAAAUCGCGUUUAAAUUUAAACGCAGAUUCCAAUUGAGCCAUCAGUUGCUCUGCAUGAAAGUCAUGGAGAAACCAGAGGACGUCGCUGUGCUGGACACAGAGACGACUGACGAGGUGAAGGAAAAUAUAAAAGAUUUUGAGUCCAAAUCCGACUUGAAACAUAAGCGUAAACUGCAUAAAAAACAAAGGACCAGAUGCGAGAAGCUAAUUAAGGAAAGAUCAUUAAAUGAUUGUAAAGACGUAAAAGACUACGCCAAUGAUUUGGAUCAAGCCGAGCGCUCAACGUUGGAUGAUGCUGAGCCUAGAAAGGCCCACCGAUAUCCCCUGCGCCAAUCCAGACGGAAGCCAGCGCUCAACUACAACGAGAAACUCGCCAAUCCCGUCGAACUGCGCAGUAGGCUGCGCAAGUUCAAGUGCGAUCAGUGCACAAAAUCGUUUACCUCCAGUCAAAACCUCAAGAGACACCAAAUAAGUCAUGAUGGAAAGCGCAACUACAAAUGCCUGCAUUGCCCGAAAACCUAUCACAAGCAGUCGAAGCUGCAGAGGCACAUCAAGAGCCAUAGCCAAGAUCAUCGUCACCUGUGUGGUCAGUGCUCGAGAGCCUUCAACUGCCGGUCGGACCUGAUCAUCCACAUUCAGACCCACAGCGAGGCGCGCCCUUUCGUCUGUCCCUACUGCCAAUUCGCAUUCAAGAGCUACUUUCAUCUCUAUAGACAUUUACGGAAUCACUUGGGUCAACGCCCCUUCAAGUGUGAAGCUUGUAACAAAAGUUUCACAACUAAAUGGAACCUUAAAUCUCACAUGAAUACUCCCAAUAGGUGUGCAGCUCAGAAGAAAUUAAAUUUAAUGUAAAUUGGUAUUUAAAUAUAAAAAUGUAAAAAAUUAAUUUAAGCUAUCAGAUAA